AUGGGAUGUAUGGCUAUUUUACGCAUACUCAGAGCUGAUGGUUCUGUUAUAUGGAUAAAUAUGGUGAUGCACGUGAGACAAGCUGCUGUAGCUUCGAAUGAUGAGCCUGUUAUAGUCUGCAUCAAUCAAGUCGUCAGUGAGCAAGAAGCCUACCAGUUCAAACUUCAGAGCAACUCGUUCAGUAUUUACCCGUCGAGAACCGGAGAUUUGUGGACACACGGUGUGGGCAAUAUUCAAACGCAACCACAAACCACUCAAUGGAUGCCUAACACAUCAAACUUUGGACAGUUUUCAACUUUAAGACACUCUCAACCUGGAUUCCCCGAGCAGAUGAACCAACAGAAUUACAUGAGUCAUCGUCGAGGCCGCCCUGCCCAGCCUUCCACAGCCACCUCGAUCCAUACUGAGAAGGUCAAACAAAUGCUUCAGAAGAAAAUAACUAGCCAGUGUAAGCCAGCAAAAAUACCACGCACUGACAGAACAGAAAAACCAGAGACCUUCCACGGUGAAUUUGGACUCGGGAUUUCAUCCAACUUCUUCUUCGGCUCUUUCGAACCCUUUAAUGAUGCUUCUCUUUCAUUUGAACCCUUUGGACAGUCGAACACGCAAGUUAUGUCCGUCAAUAACUAUGCAGUGUCCAGCUCCCCCUCCCUGACGAAGAAGAACGUGAUGGUGGAACCCCGGAUGAUGAAUCAAUCAUCCUGCCUGAGUCCAAAUCUCCAGUUGGAACAAGUGGUCCCUGAUCCAUGUCUACAGAUCCCGGAAUCGUUCCUGACUCCUGAAGCUUCACCCGCUUCUAGCCCAGAACACAAAUCUUCAAGUGAUGGUAAUGCAUCUAUAGACAACUCUUUCGAUAUCCUUGAAGACUUGUCCAAGAUUCAGCAAUUCCGGGAAGUUGAGAGAAAUGAAAAGACUGAAAAGACUGGCAUGAAGAGAAAACGAAAAGGGCUGCCUUUCAUUGACCCUUUGGAUAUUGAGUCCUUCUUUGACGAGCUGAUUCCAGGAGAGAAAAAGGUGGCUCCUCCCAAACCGAUGAUUAAACUCGAGAAGAAGCCAAGUCUGCCUGAUUUAGACUCAGAUGAUUUAGAAGAAUUUUUAAACUGGAUUGAUGUGAAACCUUGCUCUCUUCCUCAACCACCAGUCAUGUGUAUCAAACAAGAGCCUAUAGAGGUUCCCUUGAUGGCAGCUAAUUCUUGUUAUAGAUCCCAAUAUACAUCAACACAGUCUAUGCAGUCACAAAGCCCACACCAUAGCGUGCCUUCACCGGUGUCCACAAUCUCCGAGGUCUUCUCGCCUGGACCUUGCUACUCCUCAGAGCUGUCCGAAGAAGAAUUACUGGAUGAGUUGAACUCGUCGCCCAUGGCGCUCACUGUGGAUGUAGGAACUAUUCGAGAUGAAUUUGAAGCUCUUCAACAGGCUCAUUUUCCCGGUGACCCAAUGCCUGAAGAAUCCGAACUCAAUCACUUGCAUCGCCUUCUGAAAGAACUUGUUCCUAGCUCAGGUUCCCGAAGCCUCAUCAAAGACUCCCAAUAGAAAACCUUGUGUAAGCUCCACUUACAGAUGUUCCUUGUAUGGCAUAUUGCCAUUGUUAGCUUAAUAACCAUUGGAUAAAAACAGUGGUUUGCUGCGGGACGGCAUUUGAUACAAAAUCGGUGUUCAUUGGAUAUAAUGCUGAGAUUUAUUAUUGUUAAUUUUUGGUUCGCAGGACGAACUGUAAAAUAUUCCCUCUCUUAGUGGUUAUGACGUUUUUAAACGAAAAAUAACAUUUAUACUGCCGGUCGGUGAAAACUUUUAUUGUGUUUCAAUUUUCAUUUGUUUGAUUUCCCGUUGAUCGGGACUAUAUUAAAGACAGGAAAAUCUGGAUUGAGAAAUGGUUUAAGUAUUAUUAGAGUUAUCUGCUCUAGGAAAAUGACGUCAUUGUGUGCCUUAUAUGGAAGUGAUUUAUUUGAUUUGAGAUAGCGUGCAUAAUUUUGAAUAUAUUAUCAUAUAUUAUAUUUCUAUCUAUUUUCAUAGCUUCAUACAUAUACGGUGCAGUAGAUAUAAAGUCAUCUUCGCUUGAUCGUCUGUUUCUAUCUGCGUCCUUGACUUAAGCUCACUGGAAGUAAGUCUGGUUAACCGGAACUACAUGAUGGAUUUCCAAUCUUACUUUCAAAUGGUAACGUCUGGAUGAACUGGACUAUAGAAAGAUUGUUUUAUGCGCCUCGAAUCAAAUAAUUUGAAUGAUCAGUCUGGUCAGUCUGUACUUCGGAUGUUUUAUCCAGACGUAUAAAACGAAUGGUCGGGAUCGUGACUAUAGAACAUUUAUCCAAUUAGAAGAAAUUUAUGAUAAAGCGAAGAUGACGACGUAUAUAUUAUUGUUUUUGAUUUUAUCUUGAUUUUCAUCAACAAUUUGAAUUUUGUCAAUGUUUUGGAGAUACGAGCAAUUUCUCGGUUAAAUCGCAGGUCGAUUUCCAUAAAUGAAAGUUGCUCUAUCUCUUGUGAAAUUUUCAAAAUUUAGAAUUUUUGAUUUGUCACCACAAACUUACAGAAUUUAUUUGAUCUUUUACUGCCUAGAGUGUUCUAUAGAACAAUAACUUUUAUUGUAUUUUCUUUAGUAGCACCCCAAUUUAUUCCAAGAUAACAAAACUUCUCUUAAAAUGUUUCUCUCUUAGUACACCUUUAUUCUAACUGGUCACAGAAACGCUGGUCGUGGAUUAUUUAGUUUAAUCUUGUAUUGACAUUAACAUUCUGAAUUUCAAUUGUAAUAUUUGUGUUUUUAAGUCACUAUUGUUGAAUCGAAUCAAAUUAUAAAAAGUUAUUGGUUCCAAGUAGGUAGGAUACUUAUUGAUAAGGGAUCAUUUCCUGCUGUUGACACAAUGUUUCAGAUACACUGUCCUCAUCAGGACAAGAUCUAUGAUAGUUAUUUGUGUAAUAGUUUGUUAGAUUAUGUUAAGUAAAUUUGUUGUGAAAACAUGUUGACGGUCGGAGACUUACUUAGAGUCUAUCACUAGCUGUCAGUCAAAACGUCACGUGAUUGAGAUAUUCUAAAUGAAGAAAUAUCCACUCAGUAGAAACGAUUUAUCCAAUGCUGAUUGGAUGAAGAAGUUGAUUCCGUGAGUCUGAAAUUUGGAAGAAAACGAGUUUUAUUAACCUUUGUGACAUCAGAAGGUUCGUUCAUACGCUGGUCGUGUAAACGGGG